GGCGCUAAACCCGAGGACAAGUCUUUAAUCUCGUCUUUUCGCUCUUAUUUUUGUGUGCUGCACGCGUCCUUGAAUGAGAACAAUUAAAGUAAACGAUCGCCCCCGCAGUCGCAUGCGGCAGCGACCCCCGUCAGAAGAAUGUCCUUAAUAACCAGACGCGUUGAUGAUCACGAACAUAUGUUCGGGUUCAUGCCGAGACAAGUGAACAGCGGCAGGAAGAGCACGUUUCCACGGCAACACGACGCCAACCGAUUCAGCGCACAAGAGCGAGCUGGGCCUUUUCAUUUCCGUCCAAAAUGAAUUCUAAAAACCCCAAAGAUCUUACGAGUACCAACGUUCAACCGGCGAAAUCUGGCAAGUACGACGGUGAAAAAAAAGGAUACAUGCAUGGAAUCAAAGGCCAGAUAUCCCAAAUCCCUGGACUGUCCCCAAUUGUCAACACAGUCAGUGACGUGAAGAACAUUGGGAAAAGAGUUGGAGUUCUUGACAGUGAUUCGGACUAUGUCAAGCUUGCAAAACAAGGGGGCCACAAGGGACUUCUGUAUUUUGAUGACACAGUCACAUCCAAGCCCAACUCCUUUGACUCUGCAGAUGUGGUGUUGAAUGGUCCUGUAGAAGCUCUUGGCAACCUAAGUGUCCUUUGCACCAAAGAGAGAAAAAGCCCGAGAGCUGCCACACAAAGAUCACUGCCUCCUUUUUGGACAGACAAUAUGUCUGCAUGGGAGAGGGAUGUUGAUGGCAGCCCUCGCAAAGAGAAGGUCAGGUCACGGGGGCAGCAGCUCCAGCGGGGACGCCCAGACUUCCCUCUCCCCAGACACCUCAACCAGCUCUUCAUCCAGCUCUCGGGGCAUUCCGAGGCCAGCUGGGAGACAUAGUCUCUCCGCCGUGUCCUGAGUUGUCCCCGGGGUCUGCUCCCGGUGGGACUAUGCCCGGAACACCUCACUUGGGAGGCGUCGGGGAGGCAUCCGAAUCAGAUGCCUAAGCCACCUCAUCUGGCUCAUCUCAAUGCGGAGGAGCAGCGGCUCUACUCAGAGCCCCUCCCGGAUGACUGAUCUUCUCACCCUAUCUCUAAGGGAGAGUCCGGACACCCUGUGGAGAAAAACUCAUUUCGUCUGCUUGUGUCCGGGAUCUUGUUCUUUCGGU